AUGCCGGAAACGUGGACUUUUGAAGCUUCGAUCUGGUGGAAGCCGGAGCCAGACCGCUCAGACAACGAUCCAGCCUUGUCGAAUGCAGAGCGACAAGCCGAAACCGAGUCGAAGGCUGAGAAGGUGGCCGAAAUUUUCCGCCCGCACAAGGUGGCCGAACGAGGCGGGCGCGAAGUCGAAUUGCGCAGGCAGAGUGCUGAGGUCAUGAGCAGAUACGAGACGUUCAGUCAAAGUGCGUCAGUGAAGCAAGGUGUCAAGAAGGAGAUUAGACAUGCCCACAGCGUCGACAUUGCUCAAGAGAGCGUUAUCAUAUCCAUGCUUUCCGCCAACGUCGAGGACGAAGGCGAAUUCACUACUGUCGGUCCUCGUCGGGACCAGGCCUCUCUAGAGGCUCGGGCUACUAAGGCCGCAGAGGAUCAGGCUGAGCGGGAUCGGCUCAUCGAAAGCGGCGAAGCCAAGCGUCUCGACUUCUCAUCCCAUCGCACCCCAGCAGAACACCUCGCCCAACCUACCUCCAUUCAGGCGCCCCGCUUUACAGGUCUUCCGGUAACUGCGUUUGUUCUACCCUCCUUUGUAUUACUUAUAUACAAACGCGCUACCUCCGAGGGGUACUCGCAAGUAGCGCAAUAG